UUUAAUUAAUAAGGAGUUAAAAGAUACCGAAGAUCGCGAGCGCGGGAACAAAACGAAGUGAUUCCCUCCAAAUUUUGUUCCCUUUUCCCCUCCGGGGUUCUUGCUCUACUUCGGAUCACGUUUCGUUACCAACAAUGCUUAGCCUCACUCUCACAGAUUCUUCAAUUUUCUCUAAACCCUAGUUCCCAAUUUUCACUCAUCCGACCAUUCACAAUUUGGGGUAAAUUCAUGGACACUCCGCCUCUGCAAUCGGUGAAUGCCACCGAAGUUGAUGCCACUGAGACCGGAAAACGGCAGCUGAGAAGUUUUCCACGUAAACUGGUUCAGUCUACGCUGCUUCCUCACAAGCCUCAAGAUCAGGAGGAGAAUGGAGUCGAUCGGGAGGAGAUGAACAAUUGCCGCGAGGAGGAGGAGUUAUGCGGUAGUCAGGGCAAGAAGAAAAGGAAGUCGAAAGGGAAGACGACGCCUCAAUCGCGAAGCUCAAAGAAGGCGAAAGAAAAGCGAGCAGUAAACUUGACGCCAAAGAAAAUUUUGAAUUUUGAAGAGACAACUCCAACAAUUCCCGACUUGCGUCUGGAGGCCAAAAUGACUAGAGAGGAAAAUUCACGGAUGUUUGCAGGAAGGCAAAUGCAUCCCUUCUUUUCAUCCCUGAAAGCAGGGAAGAAAAGUCAAGAGGCUACUCAAUCGGCAGAGAGAGGAUACACUGUUGAGAAAAAGGAAACUGGAACUGAUUGUAAUCCAAUCCACGUUUUUGAAGAAACUGGGGAUGAUGAACUAUCUCUAGACUGGAAAAACUGGACAUUCACCGACAGAAAUAUUAUACAUAAUGUUCAUACAUUACAAAAAACCUGUUCAUCAGUAUCUGAAAGCUCAAUAAAGUCUUUAAGUUUAGACGACCUUCCUAUUGUGUUGGCACCCUCCGAUUCUGCUCAUGGUGCAAAUGAGGAGCCCGUGGAUCAUAAUUCCAUCAAACAAGAAUGCAUUAAAGAGUUGACGUCAACUGUAUACAGUGUGGAUGCUGACCAGGAAACAAUGCUCCAUCACCUCCUAAGAAGUGCAAAAGUCGAUGAUAACCUGAAUAAAACACAUGGGGUUAGUGAGUUUGAAGCAAGGCCAAUUUCCGAGCAUCAAAGUAGAUUUCUUCAGGACAGAAUGCAGUCCUACUAUCUUCGUUGUCAAGGCCGUUCCAAAAAUUGUUUAUGGACAUAUAAGUAUCAGCCUAGGACGGCCAUGGAGGUAUGUGGUAAUCUUGAAUCAGUCAAGUUCUUGAGCGAGUGGCUACACCUUUGGUAUGAAAGAAAUUCUCAGAACAAAAAAGAUUUUGCUGGAGGGAAUAAAUUUCAGAAGCAAGAUAAGAAUGGUUACUGUUCCCAAAGUGAUUCUGACUAUGAGAGUCCAGAUGGAGAGGAUGGCCUGAAAAACGUUCUCCUUGUCACGGGAUCAUCUGGGAGUGGGAAAUCUGCAGCCGUUUAUGCUUGUGCUGAAGAGCAUAGUUUCAGGGUUUUUGAGUUCAGUGCAUCUGCCAUUCGAUCAGGAGCUGUUCUCAAGCAAAUGAUUGGAGAGGCUUUACAAUCUCAUCAGCUAAAAUGGUCAGUAAAAACAUCCCAGGGACCAAGGAACAAUUUUGUUGAGAAAUCUUCCUCUCUUCAAGAGAGUACAGCAGCCAAAAGUUUAGCUAGUGAGGUGACUGAACUCAUCCCUUUAUCAGACGAUGAUUCUAAAGAUUACAUAAAAGGUGUUGGGGAGUUUGAAUACAUCGCAUCUGAAAGCCUCAGCAACCAAGGUGAAGCUAAACCUUUAAUUCUUUUAGAGGAUGUGGAUAUCAUUUUUCUCGAGGAUCGUGGUUUUAUUUCUGCAAUUCAAGAAAUCGCUGACACAGGAAAGGGACCCAUAAUUUUGACCAGCAAUAAUAGCGAUCCUGUUCUCCCUGUUAAUUUGGAUAGGCUACAGAUCUCUUUUAUACGACCAUCAUCAACGGAACUACUCAGCCAUUUAUAUAAGAUUUGUGCUUCUGAAGGAGUCAGCAUCCAACCAUGCUUACUUGAGCGCAUUAUUCAUUGUUGCCACCGAGAUAUACGGAAAACCAUUACGCAUCUCCAGUUCUGGUGCCAGGGUACAGGAUUUAGAGAUAAAGUUCAGAAAAAGUAUGGCUCGCUUUUAUUUGAUAUUGAUGCUGGCCAUCAAAUACUGCCGGUGAUAAUGCCAUGGAGUUUCCCAUCUCAGCUGUCAGAGCUAGUUGACAAAGAGAUCACAAAGUCGUUAAUAGAAAUGGAAACAACUUGCUUGAUGGAGACGAGUGGAGGUGAAUUUAAUGAAGUGGAAAUGCAAAAUGGUCUGGACUACCAAAAUUAUGAAGCCAACUGUCUUCUAGAGGCCAAAAAAGCAGCAAUGCUGAGUAGGAAUGGCUCGAUUCAAGAUCACAAUGAAUUUGUAGUUGAGUUUGAUACUGCACACGAGUGUUCUGAUAUUUCAGGAGCCCCUAUUCCUUUACCCAGGAAGAAGCAUCGAAGAAGGCUGGAUAUGGUGGUGUCUUCCGACUCUGAAGAUAUUCCUAUCAAUAAGGAAUGCUCUCUAGUAUCAAAUACAGAUGACGGUUUAUUAUCAUCUCACCAUCAAAUAUCUCCAAAUUAUUCAAGCCCAUUAAAUGGGCUGCUUUAUCAUAUGUCAGAUGACACUGUGGAAGAUUAUUAUCCAAGCUUAGAAACUGCAGGUGUACAUGUGAAUGAGAUGUCCAUGUCUGCCGCUACCUCAUAUGUACCAGAAUCAAUUUUUGUUCCUGAGACUGAAAUCCAUGAUAUGGAGUUGUUUCCCAAAAUGAUAUCUCUUGGUGAUGCGGGUGCCAGUCUGGAAAUUUCUAUGGAUGAGCUUUUUGAGAAUGUGUUAGCAGUUGAAGCCAAUGGUUUUGGUUCACCUGCACAUACUGUUCAAGAAACUACAGCUGUUUUGGAAGAUUCUUGCAAUGUAUUUAAUUUAUCUCGCCUACAGGAGAAAGGAUUUUCUUGUAAUGGACAUAUGGAAAACAAUGUCAGAGGGUAUACUGUGAUGGAUGAGUGCAGCCGUAUAGACUUCAACAAGUCCAAGUUUGUAGAGAAACCUGAAUUGGAAGUCUCAGGUGAUUCAGUGCAAGAAUUGUGGAAACAACUUCGUCUCGGUCGCUUAGAUCUUCUAGGACAUCAUGUCCUGCCAGAAAAGAAAGAAACCAUUCAGAUCAUCGAUUUAGUUCACAGAAUGAGCCAUCUAAUUUCAGAUUUGGACCUGCUUUCUUCGUGCCGACCACAAGAUAUGUUGGAAACACCAACAUUUGAAUUUGAGGAAUCAGACUUGUUCUCCUGGCGAGGUGAGCAAUUGCAGAUGGCAUCUACAAUUGCUCAUCAUGGAUUUAGCCUCAUUGCAAACGAUGUUGCUACCACCGGUUCUCAUGUCAGCUGUGGUAGCAGUGUGGAUAUUGUAUCAGAAAUGCUUGCCUCCACAACUAAUACAGCAGCAUUGGGUAAAUUAUUGAGGCAUUCUUCUACUGAGAAGAUUUUGAAACUGAGCCUUCCAGGAUAUUUUCAUAUGCAAGAGAGAGAUAUGAAAGCAUGCCUCUUUGAUGUAAUUCAGAAGGUGGCUCCAAACAGAUCAUAUUUGUCACUGAAAGGUGUUCAAUUCUUUGAAUAUCUUUCUUCAUUGCGAUGUAUUUCAAGAUCAGAAACUUUACGCAUAUCAAAAGGCCCUGAUAAGACAAAAAGACGAAGGGGACGGGUUGCACGACAUUACUUGAGUACUGGUUCUCAUCUGUUCUCCCCCGAAGACAUAACAUUGCUGGGACAAUCUAACCUUCCAUACAAAGAUAGUCAAGGAUGUUGAUGCUGUCUUCAGCAAUUCAUUCCCAAGGAAUGAUGCUAACAAGCAAUAGGACUUCGGCCUUUAUUUUCUCAAUUUGAUUAAAGGGAACUGCUUUUCGAGAAAUGGAUCGCUAAAGUGAUUUUCCAGAGUGGCAUUGUAUUUUGAAUCUUCCAUCAAGAUAAUUUCCUCUGUUAAGUUUUUCAUUGAUAGGACAUCUGGGAUCUUGCUAUUAGUAUUAAUAUUAGAUUUGUUAGUAGCCCCGUCCUCCAUCAUGAAACUUGUGCACCAUUGUUUCCGGAUUUGUUCACACUAAUGACACUUCUAAACCUGAACAAAUUGGAAAUCACUGGUGCAUCAAAGUUCUCUACAUAUUAUAUACAACUUUGUACAUAUCAAUGAUUGGGUUUUGAUGCAGCCCUAAUUCUUAGUAACGUAUCCUGUUGUGUAAUUUUAUGUAAAAAAUCCUCUCCUUAGCUUCGAGUUUUGAUCUCUCCAAGGAUAAACUUGAAUAAUUAUAUUUGAACUGUCGUUUAUCUAUAAAUAUCUACAAAUCUUUUGAUAAUGUUA